AUGUCGGCGCAGGCCCAGAUGCGCGCGAUGCUGGACCAGCUGAUGGGCACGUCUCGGGACGGAGAUACCACUCGUCAGCGAAUCAAAUUCAGUGAUGACAGAGUAUGCAAGAGUCACCUUCUCAACUGUUGCCCCCAUGAUGUCCUCUCUGGAACUAGAAUGGAUCUUGGAGAAUGUCUGAAAGUCCAUGACCUGGCUUUAAGAGCGGAUUAUGAAAUUGCUUCCAAAGAACAAGACUUUUUCUUUGAGCUUGACGCCAUGGAUCAUCUGCAGUCAUUUAUUGCAGAUUGUGAUAGAAGAACAGAAGUGGCUAAGAAAAGAUUAGCAGAAACACAAGAAGAGAUUAGUGCUGAAGUAGCAGCAAAGGCAGAGCGUGUUCACGAGUUAAAUGAAGAGAUUGGUAAACUGCUGGCUAAGGUGGAACAGCUAGGAGCUGAAGGGAAUGUGGAAGAAUCCCAGAGAGUGAUGGAUGAAGUAGAGAAAGCCCGGGCGAAGAAGAGAGAAGCAGAGGAAGUUUAUCGGAAUUCCAUGCCAGCUUCCAGUUUCCAGCAGCAGAAACUUCGAGUCUGUGAGGUCUGCUCUGCGUAUCUAGGGCUUCAUGACAAUGACAGACGGCUCGCUGAUCACUUUGGCGGCAAACUUCACCUGGGAUUCAUUGAAAUACGAGAGAAGCUCGAAGAGUUGAAGAGGGUUGUGGCUGAGAAGCAGGAGAAGAGAAACCAGGAGCGUCUGAAGCGCAGAGAAGAAAGGGAGCGAGAAGAGAAGGAGAAACUGAGGAGGUCCCGAUCACAUAGCAAGAAUCCCAAAAGGUCCAGGUCCAGGGAGCAUCGCAGACAUCGAUCUCGCUCAAUGUCACGGGAACGGAAGAGAAGAACUCGAUCCAAGUCUCGUGAGAAACGCCAUCGCCACAGGUCCCGCUCCAGCAGCCGCAGCCGCAGCCGCAGCCACCAGAGAAGCCGGCACAGUUCUAGAGACAGGAGCAGGGAACGCUCCAAGAGGAGAUCCUCAAAAGAAAGAUUCAGAGACCAAGACAUAGCAUCACGUGACAGAGACAGGAGUUCAAGAGACAGAUCACCUCGUGACAGAGAUCGGAAAGAUAAGAAGCGGUCCUACGAGAGCGCGAACGGCAGAUCGGAAGACGGGAGGAGCUCGGAAGAGCGUGAAGCAGGGGAGAUAUAG